AUGCAGGCGAAUGCAUCCGAAGUGCAUCGCUCCGAAAAGAAAAAGCCAAAAGAGGCAAAGAAAAUAGUGUUGAUGCAAAAAGACGACGACGACGUUUUCUUUCUUUUGCAAUCACCUACCUACCUACCUACCGUCAUCAGCGAAAAGAGAAAGUAAUCGGUGGCGCAAGAAAAAACACACACACAUCGUCGUUUUUAAUAUUUUCCUGUGUCCUGUGUUUGUCUGCCGUCCAUAAAAAUAAAUUUUCCCGUGCGCCAAAAAAAAAGGUAUACGGAGCGCUCUCGGGUCAUAAAGUGAUAAAAGUCGAAAAUCGUUUCGUGUGGUGGAGCUGCUGCUGCCUGGCUGGGGGGAAGCUGCGUGUGUUUGGAUGACGACGAUGGCCUCAUCUCGUUGGCGGCAGUGAGAGAUUCGUCUGUCAAAAAAAUCGGACAGUCACGGCUGUUGUGUGUGCGGGGCGGUGGAGGAGCAUCAGCCGAUAACAACAGAAGAGGAUUGGUUGGUGCGUAGAUUCUUGGCAGUGUGUGUAUCAGUGGGUGAUAAGGGAAGGUGUGGACAAACCUUCUGCCAGAUACGGGUCCGUGAACCGACGAGGACGACGGGUUGGCAUGCGGUGGGACACUCAGUGAGUGCAGGGGAUUGUUGUUACGUGAAACGCAAUAGAAGAACGAACGGCCUUCGAGCUGGGUGAGUUAAAUCUAGGUCAGAUUCUGCCGAUUUUGUUAGCGCUGUUUGCCAACAACUUGGAGGAAGCUAGCAGAAUUUGGGCAAAGAUCCGGAAGAAGAUGGACGGGAGCAGUGUGGGGAGUGCAGGAGGGGGUGGCGGAACGAAUGGACCUGCAAGUGGUUCCGGUGGAAAUGGUGGGCGUGGGAUUAGGGACAGUGAUGAAAGUGGCGAUGAAAACGGCCUCGGGACCAAUGGCCAGCAGUCGCGGUUGGUAGCAUCGGCGGAGGCGCAGAAACGGAGCAGCGGAAGUGGUCAGAAAAAGUCGUGGCCCGAAUUGAAGGCCUUAGUCAACGACAUGAGACGACAGAUGGCCUCAUUGCCGAGCAUGUUUCCUAUGAACGUAAAUUUUCGGACCCUGUCCGAUGGAAGAACCAGAGUCUACUUCCUCAGUCCGCCGCCGGCGACCGGAUGGGAUACGGCGCUGUUCUACGCGGAUGUUCCCCAAAGCGAACGCGAUACCCGUGCUCCGAUGCGACUCGAGUGGAGUCCGGUGCUAGAGCCGAUAAUUUCCCAUCUGUCGAUGAACAAUUCCCGCGAAGUGCAGCUACUCCUGGAACGAAAACGGUUGUCCAUAUGGGGCAUCACUUCCUACGAGCUCCACAAAUCCAGUGGGAAGAUCGUGUUCCCUGCAUGCAACACCUUGUACCAGUGCUGGGACACGGGUUACGGGGAGGGAACGCUAUUCCCGUCGGAGCUGCGAAUCUUCCAGCGCUCAUCUGCCAUAGACCCGCAAAUCUGUCCCCAGAACUCCGAUCUCGUAGCGUACGUCUGCAACGGGGACAUUUGGGUUGUCCACACCAUUAGUGGUCACAGCGAGCGGCUGACCUACGCCCACGAUGGUCGGCGAUCCUUUGCCGAAGAUCCGCUCACAGCCGGUGUACCGUCGUACGUCAUGCAGGAGGAAUUCAGUCGCUACCAGGGCUUUUGGUGGCAGCCGAACAGCGACGACAAAGUCUACCGGAUAGUCUACGAAGAGGUGGACGAAAGCGACGUCAGUCUGUACACGUUCCCGUCGUCGCAAUCCGUGGGCGGGGACUAUGAGGAGUAUCGGUUCCCCCGGGCCGGCUCGCCGAAUGCCAAAUCCAAGCUCAAGUUGGUGCAGUUUCGGCUGUCGGAAUCGCUGAAAAUCGUCGACGCUUGCAUCAAGGAGCUGCAGUGCCCGCUGACGUAUGCGUUCCCGUGGCUGGAGUACAUCGUGCGGAUCGGAUGGACACCGGAUUCGAACUAUGUCUGGGCGCAAUUGCUGAAUCGCGUCCAACAACGCUUGGACUUGGUGCUCAUCCCGCUGGACAACUUUUGCGAGCUGUACAGCAGUUCGUCACCUUCCCCGACGGGAGCGCAGAACCACGCUCAAUCAACGAACUCCACGAAACCUUGUUCUUCCAACGAUUACUGGAAACUGCCCCUGGACCGUUCGACUCGCCCGAUGCAGGUCAUCUACACGGAAACCUCGAAGAGCUGGGUCAACGUGCACGACGUGGUGCAGUUUCUCGAAAUCACCGACAGCUCGGUCACCUUCCUCUGGGCCUCGGAGGAAACCGGCUUCCGCCAUCUGUACUUGGUAACCUCUAGUCUUGCCACGAAUGGCAGUAGCAUAGGUAGUAGCAGCUCUAGGAACAAUCACCCUGUCGACAAUACCAAUAGCAAUCACCAUCAUCAUCACAUGGACACCAGCUCCGGAGAGGAACGGGUCAAUAACCAUCAGCAUUAUAAUCACGCAAAUCUGGAUGGGUCCGGAAGUACGCUGGCACCUCGCGUUGUGAAUAAGGUGGCGCUGACCUCCGGCGAGUGGGAAGUACUCGGACGAAACGUUUGGUACGACAAGCAGAAUCAGCUGGUUUACUUCAUGGGUGUUCGGGAAACUCCACUGGAGAAACAUCUCUACGCCGUCAGCCUGAAGAAACCCAAUUUCCUGCGAUUACUCACCGUUCCUGGAUACUCGUUCACCGUGGAGUUCAAUGAUAACUGCACGAUGUUCCUGCAGACGUACUGCAACAUCCAAACGUUGCCCUCGUGGGAACUGGUGCAAAUUAAGCAAACAUGCUCCAGCGGAACCGUGUCCGGCCUAGAACUGACCUCGAUGGGGUACCUGUUCGAGGGUGGCCCCUCGGAAAACACCCAGUUCAAUCCCACAAUUUACAGCCCCCGGCUGGCGUCCGGGGAGACGAUCCACGUCAUGGUGUUCAAGCCGCACAACUUCACUCUGGGAGUAAAGUACCCCACCGUGCUGAAUGUGUACGGAGGGCCCGAGGUGCAAACCGUUAGCAAUACCUUCAAGGGUAUGCGUCAGCUACGGAUGCACAUGCUGGCAGCACAGGGUUACUGUGUGAUAUGCAUAGACUCCCGAGGUUCCCGGCAUCGGGGUGUGCAGUUCGAAAGCCACAUCCGAUGCCGGAUGGGCACGGUCGAGCUGAACGACCAGGUCGAAGUGCUGAAGCUGAUCGCCGAACAGCUCGGCUACAUCGACAUGGAUCGGGUGGCGAUCCAUGGCUGGUCCUAUGGAGGCUACCUGAGCUUGAUGGGCCUGGUACAGUAUCCGGAGAUUUUCAAACUGUCGAUUGCUGGAGCGCCGGUCACGAGCUGGGAAUACUACGAUACGGGUUACACCGAACGGUACAUGGAUCUUCCGGAAAACAAUCGAUCCGGUUAUACGGCCGGAUCGGUGCUAAACUACAUCCACAAGUUCCCCGAUGAGGACAACCGUUUGCUCAUCAUCCACGGUUUGAUCGACGAAAAUGUCCACUUCUUCCAUACAUCACAGCUCGUCAAUGGACUGAUCAAGGCGAACAAACCCUACCAACUGCAGGUUUACCCGAACGAGCGCCACUCGUUGCGCAAUCUGGAAGCCAGCAAGCACUACGAAACCAAGCUCCUAUCCUUCUUGCAGAACCAUCUGUGAGUGUCCCUGUCCGCUUCCGCUGGUCCCUCCCCCGCCACCACCACCCCCUGUUUCCCCUUUCUUCUAGUCCGUGAUAUUGUGCUUUUCCUGUGUAAGUGUUUUCGUCCUCGAAACAGAGCAAAAACGAAACGAACGAAACAUGCCCUCGUUGUAACGUGAGCGUUUUUGCUUGUAUAAAUUGUUAACAAAUCAAAACUCGACCGCACCGUGUACUCUCGUAUAAGCAAUCUAUAUUGUAUCGUGAAUCUAUUUACUCUAGUGCUAGCGCUCGUUUGUUUAACUGUUAUUAUGCUUUCGACUGAAGAAUCACAUGCGACAGACCGAUGUACAAGGUAACCGCAAUCGACUGAAGUGAUCAAUCACCUUCAUCCAUCGUCGUCAUUCGGGUGACCCAAAAUGGCCCCGUAAGCUUCAUCGAGACAGAUUCACAUAGAUUUUAGAAUCCAUUCUACCAUCGCUACCAUCUUUGCCAUUUCUAGUAACAUUUUAAGUUUUAUCACGAUCAUAACGAUCUUUAUAAGGCUUUGAAACUACUUCAAAACCAUCACAAAACCAGGAAUGUGUUCCCGGGAAUGUAACAUCUUAACUUAUGGUAGCAGAGUCAGUCAUCCAGCAGUCAGUGCAGCAUGUAAUUCACGUUUUAGCAAUUGUGUAGAGAGAGGCAACUGAGAGAAAACGUAGAGAUUGAGAGAAGGAAAUUAUACAUAUUCUCCGCAAAAUAUGUAAAUCGAUCGUCUAUUUUACUCCAAGCAAAAGCAAUUAGGCAAUAUACAUUAGUAACGUGUUCUUUAUAUGUGUAGGAUUCAGUUUGUUUUCCUAUAGCUUGUGGGUGUAGACCAACAGUUGAAGAAUAUGAUAGAUUUUUUUUUUUGAAGCAUUGGUUUUCUAGCGACACGGAUUGUUUAUUUUUUAGCAGAUGAUGAUUUUAUCAGAUUUUAGUGGAAAGGUACAUAUUUGAAACGUUGUGGCGCCGCGCUGUUAGAGAUCGUUCUUUCGUUGAUUUUCCGGGACGUAUAUUUUUCAAUAAAGAGGAAAUGUGGCGAACGACAGUAAGGCUACAGUAGAACGUUGUUCAAGUUGUAUUGUAGAGUGUUGCGCAAUGCAGAUUAAGUAACACUGAAAUUAAAACUCAUCAUCGUAAAUGCAGCAGAUCGAAGUAAUAUAUUUAUUGUGCACAAAAGAUAUCAAAUGCAAAACA